AAGACUGUAAUCUUUUGAUCUUCAAAGGUGCGUCUCCUAGAGCUUUGAUUACGAUUAGCCGGGAAGAAAAUGAAGUCCAUCCUCAUGAAAAUAUGCAGAUUUUUUUGUUUUGUGUUGACUUUACCAUUAUUAACGUUGAAGAUCAUUGGUCUGUGCGGUAUGUACAAACGCGUAUUUCCCUUGCUGGCAUACAACAUCACAUUUUCCUACAACGAAAAAAUGCAUGAAUUGAAGAGAGAGCUUUUUCGAAACGUCGGCAGGUUUGCAAACACCGACGGGACGCUCCGGCUGCUGGAGAUCGGCUGUGGCAGCGGGGCAAACUUCAACUUUUACCCCUAUGGCUGCACGGUGAUCUGCACCGACCCGAACCCGCACUUUGAGAAGUAUCUACGGCUGAGCAUGGACGCAAACCCGCACCUAACGUAUGAUACGUUUGUAGUGGCGCGUGGGGAGGACAUGGAAGCAGUGAAGGACGAGUCCGUGGACGUGGUGGUUUGCACCUUGGUUCUGUGUUCUGUUAGCAACGUGCUGCAGGUGCUGCACGAGGUGCGGCGCAUUCUCAAACCAGGCGGGGCCUUCUACUUUUUGGAGCAUGUCGUCUCUGAUCCCUCCUCCUGGACAUACUUCUUGCAGCAUGUGCUCGAGCCUCUCUGGUAUUAUCUUGGGGAUGGAUGUAUGAUCACAAGAGCAACAUGGAAAGACCUAGAAGCAGCUGGUUUCUCUGAACUUCACCUAAAACACAUUGAGGCAUCCGAGGUGACUCUGAUGAUAAGACCACAUAUAAUGGGAUAUUCCAUUAAAUGACUGAAGGGGGAAACUUUACAUUUCCCUGGAAUACACUUAUCAGAUAUUUUACUGGCAGCUUACCCAUGCCCAACUUUGACAUAUUUUGACAGUUUGUUGUAGUUAUUAGUAAAUAUAUAUUUGGUUCUCUGCUAACAUUUCAGCAAGGCAAAUAGUCCAAAGAUUAUUAUAUUUGGGAAUGCAGAAUUUGUCAACCAAAUCAGCCAAAAAGAUAAAAUGAGAUGGCAUUGUCUACACCCCCUUAAGGUAAGAUCUGCUCACAUUUUCAUUGACACAGCUCAAAAAUAGACUUGCCGAAUUUUUGAGUGAAAAUAUAUUUAUUUACUUACAGAAUCAGCAACAUUUCAUACACUGUUUGUUCUUCUCCCCCACCCCUCCCAAGAUGUACAUAAUAAAUAUUACCUGGACACUGUGCUUCUUUUUUCCCUGAUUGUCUAAGUAACUGCCAAGAAACAACCAAACACCACUUGAUGUCAGCGUUUCUGUUACCCUUUAUAUUCCAUUGCACACAAAUAAGGAAUGACAGUUGUAACAUCUCCUUUGCAGGGAAAUGAGGGAAAUGGCUGGUUCACAAAAUAAAGAGGAAUUGUGUCUGAGUGAUAAUUUGUACAGCCAAAAUCCUGCAGAUGCUGUUAGAAGAUUAUAAAAAAAAGUUCAACAGCGACAUUUUUAAGAACACAAGACAAAAAAAGAAAAGGGAUACAAUUAGAAACUGAGACUCAAAGUUAAAGCUCAUAAAUUUCAAACCUCCCAGUAUUAAAAAUGUACACAACUAUAAAUGUUAUAGCAUUAGCAAAUUUUAAAAAACAGCAGGUGGAAAAAUGGCCGAUUUCUUGUUUGUUUGUGAGUAUAUUUUACUGCCAUCAUAUGUCACUUCUAUAUCAAACAGUAAAAAAGAGAAGGGUCUCAGCCUGAAAUGAAGUGUUCCCAGAAACCCUGUUCAUGUCCCACUGGCUGAGCUGUGAUGCUCCCACAUUUUGUAUCAAUCUCUGAGCUUUAUCUCAAACAGUUUAUCCUGUUUUAACACAAUAAAGGUCCUUUAAUGUUUUGAGUUCUUCAAUAAGGGUCUUGUUUUGGUUUUCAA